CCUCCGGCCAGGCUGGCUCGCUCCUAGGCAGCCCGGCCAUGACGCGGCAGCCGGACGCUGGCCGCCAGGCCCACCGCGCCCUGGCGCUGCUGGCGAUGGCCUUGUGCGCUCCCGGGGCCUGGGGUCUGGCGCUCGAGUGGUACUCGGCGGUGGUGAGCAUCGAGUACUUGGACAAACAGACGAACCGGACCACGUGUAGCGUUUCAGAGAGCGGCCGCUUUGGCGACAGCUCGCCCAAGGAGGGCGCGCUAGGCCUGGUGGGCGUCCCGCGCAUGGUGGAUGGUGACCGGGAGGGCUGCACACCCCACACGCGCUUCAUUGUGCCCCGACCCAGCGGCCGGGGGGCUGCGUCUUGGGUCGCCCUGGUGCCGCGCGGGGGCUGCACCUUAAAGGACAAAGUGCUGGUGGCGGCGCGGAGGAAUGCUUCCGCGGUGGUGAUCUACAACGAUGAGCAUCACGGGAACCUCACCGCGCCCAUGUCCCAUGCUGGAACAGGAAAUAUAGUGGUCAUUAUGGUUAGCUACCCAAAAGGAAAAGAGAUUCUGGAUCUGGUGCAAAAAGAAAUUCAAGUCAAAAUGACCAUAGGUGUUGGCACCCGCCAUGUACAGGAGUUUAUCAGUGGUCAGUCUGUCAUGUUUGUGGCCAUUGCCUUCAUCACCAUGAUGAUUAUCUCAUUAGCAUGGCUGAUAUUUUACUAUAUACGGCGUUUCCUGUAUACUGGCUCACAGUUUGGAAGUCAGAGCCAUAGAAAAGAAACCAAGAAAGUUAUUGGCCAGCUUCCACUUCAUACUAUAAAACAUGAAGAAAAGGGAAUUGAUGUUGAUGCUGAGAAUUGUGCAGUGUGUAUUGAAAAUUUUAAAGUGAAGGAUAUUAUCAGAAUUCUGCCUUGCAAGCAUAUUUUUCAUAGAAUGUGCAUUGACCCAUGGCUUUUGGAUCACCACACGUGUCCCAUGUGUAAACUUGAUGUCAUCAAAGCCCUGGGAUAUUGGGGAGAGCUUGAAGAUGUCCAGGAGAUGCCCACUCCAGAAUUGACCCCUGGAAGUGUUUUGGCUGCAAAUUUGAGUAUUACUGUACAAGACUAUGACAGAAGUGAUAGGAUUAAUUCACCAUCAUCUUCCACUAAUGAAUCCAUGCCACAGUGUGAUGUACAUUUUAAAGAAGAUGCAGGUGAAAACACAGCCUUACUAGAAAUGGACAGGAGCAACCUUCAGCAUGGAGGACCCAUGUCUUAAUGCAUUAGCCGCUGAUAGCAGCAUGGACAGAACUUUGAGUCAAAGGACAGUAUUUUUUAAUUUAGCACAUAGUUUGUAUAUUUGAAAAUAAUGUACAUUCUUUUACCUUUCAUGUUCUGAUUUGAUAUACAAAGGGCUAAGAUAUUUAAUCUGAGAGAUUUUUUUAUUAGUGUCAUAUUUACCUACCAAAGUGUAUCAUUUACAAUAAAUAAGGUUAUUCCAGACUAUUUACAGAAGAGACAACUAGGGAAGGCAUGCUAAUGUCAGGAUGGGCAGUGUUUCUAAAUACUAGACUAGCUCCUGUGGUACUAUAUUAAAAAGGUUAAUCCUGUCUCUCCAGGGUGGUUUUAUACUAAGCACAUUGAAUUUAGACUAGUUGAAACAGAACUGUGUAAUUAAAUUCCGUAAAUUGAUCACACUGAUUUUCCCUAGAGAAAAGACAUUUUUAAGAACAUUAAACUUGUAAAUAAGAUGAAAUCAACGGCUUUUUGGCACAUUGGUAUUAUGUAUAGAUUUCAAAACCUGAGAACACUUUUUCAUUGUUGUAUUACCUAAUGUGUUGUGACACUUUAAUGGGAAGUUUAUUCAUUUUUUUCAACAAAUAAAAAUACUAAGAAUCUGUAUUUCACAUGAGCAUUAAGUUCUUCAUUGCCUUCUUAGGAAAUGAAGUAGACAGAGACUGAUUUUCUUUGUAAAUGGUGAAUAUAAUAGAUUGGGUCCAAUUACAACUUAAUAUUUACAAUUAAAAGGGUGAAGGAUGGAGACUUUUUGAUUGUUGUAACAAAAUAAACAAGUAAACAGUUUUAUUAAUUUUAAAGCAGACUUAGUGACCAUGACGUUGUUUAAUCAUCUUUUUAAAAAAUUUUGUUUAGUGUUCUUGUAAGUGAAAGGAGCAUGCAAAUAUAAAGCAUUUGGAGAUUAAGUUAUACAAAAUGAUUAAACAAAGACACACACCCUGCUUUUCUGUCACUUUGUUAGAGGUGGAAUUUGAGGAGGAUGAGAGAGAAUUACUUUUUAUUUUUUUAUUGAUAUUUUAGGGAGAGAUUUGUUGUUCCACUUUAUUUAUGCAUUCAUCUGUUCAUUCUUGUAUAUGUCCUGACCAGGGAUCUAACCUGUAACCUUGACAUUUUGGGAUGACACUCUAAACAAAUGAGCUACUCCACCAGGGCCGAGUUAUUUUUUUUAGAACUUGAAAUUGUAGUCAUUUGUUGUUUUGCUUCUAAUCUAGUUACUUACAUGUAUCUUUUUUGUGUGUGGGUAAAAAUAAAUGUUUAGUGAGAACAUAUUUUACAAAAUUUAAAGAAUGUAUUCUUAGAGCUGUAUCUAAGAUUAGAUGGCUUAUUUUUUUUUUCAAACUAUUCACCACACUUUGAUGUAGCUACACAUAGUGAACUGAAAUACUUAAUGAGUAAAGUUUUUUACUGAAGUAAACUCUGGCCAGAUUUCAGUUAGCAAACGGCCUCAAAGUAUGUUUUCAUAACAGUCAUCUUAAAAUCUGCCUUGUCUGGUGCAUUGUGAAUAGGAAAAAUGUGUCCUUGGUUUUAUACCAAGUAAACCAUUUCCUUCUUUGUACUUUAAGAAACAUACUAGGGAGAAAUGCCUUAACAAUUUUUUCCAGUAGCUAAUGAAGCUGACUUCUAAUAGGAUAGUAUAAGUUCAUAAUCAGGGACCAUCAGAUACAGCUUUCCUUAAUUCAGAAGUUUGAACACUAAAUUAUGAACAGAAGAGAUUAUAAGACCUAAGGUUUCAUCUCUA